UGUACUUCGGGUCGCAAAUCCUUCAAGGCGCCAGGGUUUCUGUCCAAUCCAAAUAAACACCGAACCCGAGACCGACCCCGAGACCGACUUUCGAUAUAAGAGGGGUCAUGGAAUAUAUGAACCAAUUCCGCCUCGCUUAUGGAUAAAACUGUUCGCAAGCAAAAAAGUUGGCACACACAUCAGCAGAAUGGCCCAAAUCAACAAGGUCGUCAUCAUAGGAGCAGGCCCUGCCGGCCUUGCAGCUGCUCUUCGUCUUCACGACAUGAAUAACAUCUCUGUGACGGUGUAUGAGAUACGGGAGCAACCCACCCACCUUGGUGGCGCCAUCAAUAUUCCAGCCAAUGGCCUGCGUCUCCUCGACCGACUGGGAGUGUACGAGUCACUUCUCAAAGGAGGCUCUAUUACACCACAGAUAACCCUCCAUUCCGUCAACGGUAACGAACUGGGUCGCCUCGAUCAUUUCACCAGACUCAAAGCCAAGACGGGAUAUGAGUUUAUUCGGAUUAAGCGGACAGUGGUUGUAGACGCUCUUCUCUCCGAAGUUCAAACUCGUGGCAUACCAAUCCAUUUCAACAAAAGUCUGGUGGCUGUCGACGAAGACGCAGGGACAGGCGCUACGAUCACCUUCUCGGAUGGGAGCAGCGAUACGGCGGAUCUGCUCCUCGGUUGUGAUGGCAUUCAUUCGGCUGUUCGCAAGUUGCAUGUCGACCCUGAGGUCACGCCCGAGUACUCCGGAGUCUCAUCCAUGUCUUCUAUUGUCCCUAUGCCUACUGAGCUGGUCGGGAUGCACGCCACUUUCACAUCGCAAGGAGCCGUAGUGGUUGUCCCGUGUGCAGAUAACUCACAAGAGAAGGAUUUGUUCUGGUUCCUCACACGACACAUUCCGGAGCCGGAUACGGCGGACAAGAGGGAUGGGUGGAAUGAACAUCGCGAGAAAGAAGUCGCGGGAUUCAAAAACACACUCCAGGAGAUCAUCCGCGAGAUUGGCGGAGAUUGGGGAUCUUUCCUUCGCGAUGUCGCCUCAAAAACCGAUACAGUCAACUUCUAUCCCAUCUACCGGCUUCCGCAUGGAGGCGUUUGGCACACCAGCCGAUGUGUUUUAAUCGGUGAUGCGGCGCACGCAAUGCAGCCACACGUGGGACAGGGCGUGUCAAUGGCGCUGGAGGAUGUGUUCCUCCUAUCCCGACUCUUGAAGAAGGAAUCCGCUCCUCUGGAAGAAAGUCUACGUCAAUUCGAGACAAUCCGUCGUCCACGAAUCGAGGAAUUUGCGUCCCAAGCGGCCAACAACGGUAACAGGUCCCGUCAAAAGGGGCCAUGGCAGAUGGCCAUCACGGAAUGGGGAAUGUGGGCAUGGUUCUGGGCCCGUCGGGUGUUCAGCUCGUGGUCGUGGGGGCUUCGCGAGGAGGAUUGGUCGUAUGACAUUGACGAGGUUGAUAUUGAUUAGUUGUGAUGUUUGAUAAUGCUUGAUAAAAUCAAUUACUGAUAAAGAGUACCAUCUACGGUUCUGUAGUGUAAUGGUUAUCACUUUGGAUUCUGAUUCCAACGAUCCCGGUUCGAUCCCGGGCAGGACCUCUGCUUUCU